CUACAAUGCGUUGUUGGCGCCAGAAGAUCAGUGGCGCAAGCUCUACAGAAAGCGAGAGAGGAAGACAUUGCAGACAGUCGCAAGCAAGCAUCCAGGAGAAAUCGGUUGUGCAGAGCCCUUAAACUUUUUGUUUCAUCAUACCCCGAAGACAAAGAGGUCUCUGACUGACUGAGAAUCUAAGCACUACUACCAACCCUGUUGUGCUAGCCAUACUAAGUGGAUCUCUUCCUACCCCAAGUCCCUCUAAGCUUCCCGUCCGGCUCUAAAACGGAGGUCGUCGGGCUGGAGUGUGUUCUCAUGGCUGAUUCAGAGACUGAGUGUGACACACCCGGCCUUGACACGCUGGGGUCGGAGUGUGUCAUUGCCCACAGCCAGGUUGACCUGCAUUAUGCGGCCGAGACGGAGAUCAUGACGGAGGAGAAACGUGGCCUGGAGCUGGAGAUCCACGGGGCAGACCUGGCCAAGAUCCAAGGUCUCACUGCCGUGGCCUGUGUGGACGCCAUCGUCACAGAGACUGACCACGACUACGUGACCAAGCCGGACCACCACGGGGAGAUCCAGUGCUUCACCAUGGGGGGCGAGGGCAAAGGGGAGGCGCUGCUGGGAGAGGUGCUGCUAAAAACAGAGACUGAACAUGUGGUUAAGGUGGAGUCGGACCACGUGGGCGGCGAGCUGACGGUGGAGUCCGAGAAUGGUGUGGUUAUCCACGAGGCCCACGGCCUGCAGUGCAACGAGUGCGGAGAGAUCUUCGGCAGCAUGGCCGACCUGCACCAGCACUUUGAGAUCCACAAGGCCACCAACCCUUACAUCUGCGUGCACUGUGGCGAUAGCUUCGCUGUGGAGUCGAGCCUCAAGCAGCACAUGAAGAUCCACAUGAAAGAGAAAGCGUAUGCCACCACAGGUGUGGAGAUGGUGGGAAAGGGGGUGAUCGAUGCUUUCAACCUAAAGUCUCACCAGAUGAUCCACAGCCCGGAGAAGCCCCACCGUUGCUCGGAAUGCGGCAAGAGCUUCGCGGCGGCCAUCACCCUGCGGGAGCACAUGAAGAUGCACUCGGAGGAUAAGCCGUACAAGUGUACCCAGUGCAGGAAGAGCUUCAUCCGCCGGCGCCACCUCAAGAAGCACCAGGAGCUUCACGCCAGGGAGAAGCCCUUCACCUGUUCCCAGUGUGGAAAGGGCUUUACCACGGCCUCUAGCCUGAAGCAGCACCAGAAAACCCACGCAGGGGACAAGCCUCACCGCUGCACACAGUGUGGGAAGUGCUUUGCCGCAGCCGCAACCCUGCGGGAGCACCAGCGCAUCCACUCUGGGGAGAAGCCCUACAAGUGCAACCAGUGCAGGAAGAGCUUUGUCCGCAAGCGCCACCUUAAGAAGCACCAACUGGUCCACUCGGGUGGGAAACCCUACUCCUGCGCCCAGUGCGACAAGAGCUUCAACCACUCUUCCUCGCUCUCCCGGCACCACAAGGUCCACCUGGAAGCACGCAUCUACUCCUCUCCUCCCCAGGGCAAGGCCUUCUCCUACGGGUCCACUAUGAAGCAACAGUCGAGGAUGCACCAGGGGGGAGGCGCGGGAGACAAACCGUACACCUGCAACCACUGCGACAAGAGCUUCAAUCAUUCCUCCUCCCUGUCCCGCCACCAAAGAGUCCACUCGGAGGGGAAGAGCUACACCUGCGGCCACUGUGGGAAGAGGUUCAACCACUCCUCUUCUCUGUCCAGGCACCAGCGUGUUCACCAGGAGCAGAAGCAGCAGCAGCAGCAGCAACAACAGGUAGUGGUGCAGCAACAGUACAGCGCCGUUCCCUCGACAAAGGGAUUCCCCCACACCACCAUCCUCAAACAGCGUAUCCUGGCCAGCGAGAAGCCAUACAGGUGCUCCCAGUGUGGAAAAGGCUUCAACCAUUCAUCUUCUCUCUCCAGGCAUCAUAGAAUCCACAUCGACCAGUGAGAUCCCUACACACACCUACUCUCUCUCACUCACACACAGCCCUGACCGACACCCACCCCUGUGAUGUUUCUGUUCUAUCAAUCGGUCCCGAGCUCCAGACGACAAGGACUACAGCCAAUAAAACCCGGCCAGCUCUCCCAGUAACAGUGUAGUGGUCAGGGGCAGAGUUUAAUUUGUCUCUGUGUGGAGCAGUCGAUACAGAUGGACGAUGACACAACCAAAAUAUCCUUUUCAAAAGGAGAGAAAUAAAAGUUCUAGCCAGAACUUGUAAUAACCCUUUACAGAUGAGCUGUUGAAGUUGGGUUGCUUGACAAGUUCCUAGGACUUUCAGAUCAGUUAGUUUUGAAUAAAUUGUGUGAUAGACAUUUUGAAUGAGCCUGUUUCUCCUUUGUGAUUGUGAUUCUUCGCUCCAGAACCCCCUCUUUUUGAUUGCUUUUAAAGAAAAGAAAAAUGAUUUGAUAAUCUAGAUGAUAAAUGUUACCUGACUAACGGAGAGAAACACUUGUAGUUAUUUCACUCGUGCAUAAUUCUCCCCCUACUAUAUGAAGUGCUUUUCCGAUCUAACCCUCGUUGAGGUCAAUCUCCCACUCUUGGCUACUGAUGCAACUUGCGAUCAAGUCAUACUGUCUUGAUGGCAUAAAUUAGCAAUUUUUCAAAUGUGCAUUUUUUUAACCCAUCUUACCACCUGUAAACUCAUGGGGGGAGACAGAUCCUAUGUAAAUAAUUGUUGAUUUAUCCUUUUUAUAUAUCUGUAUAGGUGACUACUGUGCAGUUUUGUUCCAGAAAUUAGAUGUGUUUUUUUUUAUAGUAACAUCCACAUACACUCGCCUCCCUUCUCCAGAUUCCUUUUCAUUAAUUGUUUUUGUUACAGAGCUACCAGAAAAUGUUGCUGCUGCUCUUGUAUGUACAUACUGUCAUAUCUGGGUUGCCAUCUAGGGUUUCCAUCCAGUGAGAUGCAGCUCCAUGUGGAUGGGUCUGUACCCAGUGAUGUGGUCUGUACCCAGUGAUGUGGUCUGUACUGUACAGCUAAAGUGUGGAGAGCAAUACUGCCUCAAGCCUCUGUAUUUUUGGGAUGCAAUUAACAUUCAUGAAAAGGAGAAAUGGACAAAAUCACCGUAAAAAAAAUAAACUAUCUGGUAGCAUUAUCUGAAUUUGACUUGCGUCUGUUUUUAAUUGAUUCCCGAUCCAGUUCUUUCAGCACCAAAUGUAACAUCAUUAUUAGAUAGACGAUGGACUCUGAUGUUCAAGAGGUAUUUCUUUACUCAUUCAAUUAGCAGUGUAUAGAAUUAUAGUUGAUAUCACUGAAUGGUUUUGGGAGUAGAAGUGCCCGAAUUGGACAGUGUAAUAAUAGGUUGUGUUUACUACCUAUCUAGACGAUUAUAGGUUGCUUUUAGUGACACCACUCUUGACUUUGAACUUCCAGGUUUUCCAAAUUCCAUGGGAUUAUGCUUUUUAUUUACUGUUCUGUGUAUAAAUAAAAAAACGUUUUUUUUUUUUUUAAAUACCGUUUGGGUCAUUUUGACAGGGAAGAAUAGCUAUUAUACUGUUUAAAAAAAAAAUUGAAAAAUAAAAAAUAUGGGAAGGAAUUUUUAUUUUGAGCAACCUUCAUUCUUUUUACCCCUUUUUGAAUAACAGUUGUGCUUCAAACGGUAGCAUAGGCUUAUUCCUUGUGUUAGAUAGAUAGGUGCCUUACUGCAUGCUGUAGAAAUGUAUGCCGAGCUGUCAUAAAACAAACAAAAAAACGUAUGGUUUGGCAACUCCUUUAUUCUUAACUUACACCCAGCAUUUUAAGUUGAUGUCAUUACUUUAUUAUUUUUGGGCUUCUAUGUACAUUGUGUUUGCACACUGUUACAUCUUCAUUGUCAUUUAAUUUUCUCUCCUGUCUUUGUUUGGCAUUCAAUGUAGAUUUUCUUCAAGGUUGAAUUAAGGAAGUGAGAAUGUUUUUGAUCCCUAUAUGGCUUUGAUAACUGUAGAGGUCCCACCCAGCGCCACCUCUCCCCACACUGACUGCUACAUAUAUGGAUAAAUAAAAGUUGACUCAACAUUGCA